GCAGUUUUCUCAAAAUGGCGUACGCAUAUAGGCGCGUUAGGCGCGUAGAAGAUACAUAUCGCGUUUACGAGGACCGAUAAGGAUAAGGACGAUCGACGGUGAGCUGUCAACAGCUGUCAAAAUCGACGCUACGUGGUCACUCCUAAGUUCGCUUGCACGUACAACGCUGUGAAAAAUGAGUUAACUGAAUCUAACAACGCAUCAUGUCGCCCGAGCCCACGCAAGAACCCAUUCAGGAUAAUCUGACAAUUUCCAACGUAAUCCUGGAUGCAAGAGCGGCGAAUGAUGAGGAAGACAGCGAGGACGAGGAUAUGGGUAUGGCGGGAUAUCUGCCACUAUCCCAAGUGUCUACCGAUGCCGAUCCCAUAUUAGGCGAGGAAGAGAAUGACGAAUGGCUGUCUGGAUUUGGCGAAUCUAAUCAGGCGUCGUCUGUUCCGACAACUGAAACUCAGCAAAGCUGUUCUUCAGAAAUAAUGGAAGUCUGGUCGUGUCCGCACAACCGUUCCGACAUUGAUUUGGAUGCAACGAAGAUCAAAGAAGUGAAAUCCGUGAUGGCGUCCAUCACUAUCCCCGAAACUUCCAUUCCGCAAUGGGCGAAUGCGAUCUCGGAGGAGCAGUGGAAGGAGCAGCUUCUCAUACGCAUUAAACAGAUGCAGAAUAAAGAUUCGUAGAGCUGAAAUUGCAACGUAGUCGCUGCGUGAUUGUAAUGAAGAAGAAAAAAUCCUUUACUGACAACUGUGCACGACGCGAGCAGGACCACAGGAAUUAUUCUAAGUAUAAUUUAUUACAACGUAAAACGAUGCAGGAAUAUAAUCGAGAUGUCGAUCGGACAUAGCCGAAAUAUUUAAAUAUUUUAGCAUUUGUAAAAAGAAUAGAAUAUUUGAUUUUUAUAUCAGUUAAGCUAAAAGCUGUCUCGAACAGAAUUUUAGCAUCUUGUUAAUGCGUAUAGGGUGUAUAAUUGUGACACGAGUGGAAUACAAAUCAAAACAUAUUCGAACGAAUUGUAAAGUAUACUUUUAUUAUUUUCGCUUUCUCUUCAUAUGUAUGUUGGAAGCAGAUUAUAAGAGAUAUAUAAUAGAUUAGUUUAAUCAAUAAA